GAUUUUUAAUCUAUAUCCAAAUAAGAAAAAAGUGUUUUUAAUAGUAAAAUCUUUACUAUUUUAAUUAAUUCGAAAAUAAUAAAGUGAUUAAAUAAAUAAAUUAAAAAAAUUCGUCACGAACCUUAAAGGUGAGAAGUCGCCAUUUUGCCUGUUGUAGAUUAGCGAUAACUCCAGGCAAAUGGCGACUUCCUGUCGGAAAUAUCUUAUCGCCGCAUUAAAACAGUAGGGGGCGUUAACGGCACAGACAAGAUGGCGGCGAUCACAGUUUGAGAUUCUCAUCAAAAUGUCAUCGAGUAGACAGAACUGUUUAAUAGUUUUGAGCAGCAGAAAGGAAGCAAAUUCUGCUCCGUCUUUCAUCCAGUCUUUUAAGCUCCUCCAUACUGCAUUUACGAUUCAGAUUGCCACCCCUGGGGGCAAGCCGUUAGAAUUCGUCAAUCAAGACGAACAGAGUAGAAGAUGGUUGAAUGAAUUUCGGAUGAAGUCUCUGUCGGUUCCGAUCAGUCUUCGGACGGUCGAUCCAAACAGAUAUUCCUCUCUGGUCAUUCCUCAUUCUCCGGGUGCUGCAGCGGAUUUGGCGGACGACGCCGAUCUGGGACAAAUACUAAGACAUUUUAUUAAAGAGAAAAAGCCCAUUUGUGCCAUUGGCAUGGGAGUAGCGGGACUGUUCAGUGCAGUGGACGAACAUUCUUCUUGGUGUUUUAAACGUUACGUGCUGACUUCGACUUCCGUGUUCGAGCUGGCCAGGACCAAAGACUUUGAAUCUUCCCCUCUGAUUCCGGAAGACGUCAUCAAGGAGAAGGGUGCCCGAUACAGUUGCACUGAACCCGAUGAGGUCCACGUGGUGGUCGACAGGCACCUGAUAACUGGACAGAACGAACAGUCGACUCUGGUGGCAGUUCAGAACCUGAUACUGUGUAACGAGAAUCAAGGGAAAAACAAAGACAGACACUGACCCUUUUUUGUAAAUAUUUAAAACUUUUGUGUUAAAAAAGUAAUUUUUUGAAAAAAUAAAUACCAAAUUAUUAUUAA